CGCGGGUCACGUGGCGCGGGGCGGAGCCUGCGCGGGAGCAGCCGGCGCCGAGGCGGUGGGCCGCGGGAGUUGGGCGCAGGCAUCCUUGAGGUCGCCGUGCUCCGCAGGGCCUCCUCCCUGCCGCCACCAUGGGCAUCAAAUUUUUAGAAGUUAUCAAACCCUUCUGUGCAGUUCUACCUGAAAUUCAGAAACCUGAAAGGAAAAUCCAGUUUAGAGAAAAGGUACUAUGGACUGCUAUAACUCUGUUCAUUUUCUUAGUGUGUUGUCAGAUCCCACUGUUUGGAAUCAUGUCAUCAGAUUCUGCAGAUCCUUUCUACUGGAUGAGAGUUAUUCUUGCAUCUAACAGAGGAACUUUAAUGGAACUGGGAAUCUCCCCAAUUGUAACAUCUGGUUUGAUCAUGCAGUUGUUAGCUGGAGCCAAAAUCAUUGAAGUUGGUGAUACACCUAAGGAUAGAGCGCUCUUCAAUGGAGCCCAGAAAUUAUUUGGUAUGAUCAUUACCAUUGGGCAAGCUAUUGUGUAUGUCAUGACGGGGAUGUACGGGGACCCUGCGGAAAUGGGUGCUGGAAUCUGUCUCUUGAUCAUCAUUCAGUUGUUUGUUGCUGGUUUGAUUGUGCUGCUGUUAGAUGAGCUGCUACAGAAGGGUUACGGCUUGGGGUCUGGGAUUUCCCUCUUUAUUGCCACCAACAUCUGUGAGACCAUUGUCUGGAAGGCCUUUAGUCCCACUACCAUUAACACUGGCAGAGGCACCGAGUUUGAGGGAGCAGUCAUUGCACUGUUUCACCUGCUGGCCACCAGGACAGACAAAGUCCGAGCUCUGAGGGAGGCAUUUUAUCGUCAGAAUUUACCCAAUCUCAUGAACCUCAUUGCUACAGUUUUCGUGUUUGCUGUUGUCAUCUAUUUUCAGGGAUUUCGUGUUGACUUGCCCAUUAAGUCAGCCCGGUAUCGAGGACAAUAUAGUAGCUAUCCCAUCAAACUCUUCUACACCUCAAACAUUCCCAUUAUCCUUCAGUCGGCCUUAGUUUCAAACUUAUAUGUGAUUUCCCAGAUGCUGUCCGUUCGAUUUAGUGGCAACUUCUUAGUAAAUUUACUAGGACAGUGGGCUGACGUCAGUGGGGGAGGCCCUGCCCGCUCUUACCCAGUCGGAGGCCUCUGCUACUAUCUUUCUCCGCCGGAGUCCAUGGGUGCCAUAUUUGAGGAUCCUGUCCAUGUCGUGGUUUACAUUAUCUUCAUGUUGGGAUCCUGUGCAUUCUUUUCUAAGACUUGGAUAGAGGUGUCUGGUUCCUCAGCCAAAGAUGUAGCUAAGCAGCUUAAAGAACAGCAGAUGGUAAUGCGGGGUCACAGAGAUACCUCUAUGGUUCAUGAGCUUAAUAGGUACAUCCCUACGGCGGCUGCGUUCGGAGGCUUGUGCAUUGGCGCCCUCUCUGUGCUGGCAGACUUCCUGGGAGCCAUUGGAUCUGGCACUGGGAUUCUGCUUGCAGUCACCAUUAUUUAUCAGUACUUUGAAAUAUUUGUUAAGGAACAGGCUGAGGUUGGUGGGAUGGGUGCUUUGUUUUUUUAAAUGUUCAAAUAUUUCUUCUUGUGUGUGUGAAAGGGAAAACAUUUUGACAUGUUGUUUUUGUCAAAGAAUGCCAGUUCCCCUUCUCUCCCUUCACAGUUUCUUGUUUUCAAGUGCUAAUUGUCCCAUUUCCAGAAUGGGCGCCGAGCUAAGCCUGUGUGCAGCAUUAGUACCAGCUGCCUUAAAACCGAAGUUUACAUUCUCCAUUAAGAACUGUCCAUCUGGUGUUGCCUGUCCUGCUGGAAAUCAGUGCAUCCACCUUGCUGUAUGACAUUAUGACGGUGAGAUGGUGACAUGCAUUCGUUUUGCACACAAUGUUCAGAAUACUACACCCCCAACACUUGUUUAAAAAUAAAUGUAGUUCAAAUUGCCACUUUCCAGUA